AUGAGCAUGUGUGAGAAAGAUCAAAAUUUCCACUGGGCCUACGACCUUUUCCAUGACCCCUUUGCCGCUCCCAACAGCUACUACGGACAUCCUAAUGGUUACAGUGACAGCAGCUAUUGUGACUACAAUUAUGCUAGAGAUGCAUCGCAUCCCGAUGAGACAUAUUUGCAUUCCUCCGCACUUACGUGUGAUAUGUACAACCCACAAGUAGGCAUGUACCAUCCUGGAAAUGUUGGCGGGCAGGAGCAUGAGGCAGUCUACGUAGAUCCGUCUAGUUCCUCUUCAUACCCUGAGAGUGACGAUUGUUUUGAAAUGGAGGAAGAAGUAGGGAAGAGAUUUUACCCCAUGGUCCCAGUUCCCCAUGUCCCUAAAAUUAAUGGUGAAAUUCCAUCACUCGACGAAGCCACCAUGGACCAUGAAAGGCUGUCAGACAGGUUGAGGCUCUAUGAACUAACUGAGAACAAGGUGAAAGGUGAUGGCAAUUGUCAGUUCCGUGCACUAUCAGAUCAGCUGUACCAAACUCCGGACCACCAUGAGUUUGUGAGGGAGCAGAUAAUUAGCCAGCUUAAAAGUAACCGGGAAGCCUAUGAUGGAUACGUCCCCAUGGCAUAUGAUGAGUAUCUGGAGAAAGUAUCACGAAAUGGUGAAUGGGGUGACCAUGUGACUUUACAGGCUGCUGCUGACAAGUACGGAGUGAAGAUUUUCGUCAUGACCUCGUUCAAGGAUACGUGCUACAUCGAGAUCCAACCCAAGGUUCAGAAGUCCAACAAGGGUAUGCAGAUGAUUCAUUUUCUUUACAGUUCCAAGUGGGGUUGGUUUUGGCACUUGACAAUGUACUCUGCUAUUUUUUUCUUCUCUGGUUUCAGUGGUGCUGUUGAGCUUUUGGGCGGAGGUUCACUACAACUCGAUAUUUCCACAGAACGGUGA